AUGGGCAAGGCUGCGGGUCAAUCUCCAGCCCAAUUCAUGUUGUCGAGACCUCCGCAGCCUCCUCCUCUCACACCCCCGGAGCUUUCGCCAUCGGUGUUCACUUAUGAUGAGCGCAGAAGGAGCUUCACCAGUGGUAUCUCUGAGCUAGAUGCGUCGUUUUUCGAGCAGCCGAACCCCGACUAUAUGUCAUCAACAUCAACCGGCGCCUCGACAGCAACGCAAGAUGCGCAAACUACGAGGUCCUCCCCGGCACCCCGCAGGAGAUCUUACACCAAGACGCUUCCCAUUGGAAUCCCUUCUCGGUCGUCGGCCCCGAUACUUGACGAUGAGGCCAGCAUGGUCUUUUCCCCUGCGUCGUAUCCCCCUACGUCACCUCUACUCCCCGGUCCUCCCCCUAUCUACGGUGAAAUCCGUUAUGACGAGGCCACUCAGCAAGAGAUUCUCGUGCGAGGCGAGAUUAUCUCCUCUCUGGAUGGUACGGGGGCCGGAUGGAAGAGGCAUACGAGAGUAUACGGAGGCGGCGUCUGCCUUGCCUGUGCAGCAUCCGGUGAUGACGGCCACCACCACGGCGGUUUCUACGGAGAGAACGUCUUACCGCAAGAAAAGCGCUAUUGA